GGGCUACGGCAGCCGGAAAGGGCCUUGCUGUCACCUUGGCCAUGGCGGCCGGGCCGCCCCCGCCGCUGGAGCCCAGCCCGCUGCCCACCUUCCCUGAGGAGGGAUUCACGGACAAGUUCCUGCGCAAGACCCGCGAGAACCCCCUGGUGCCCCUCGGCUGCCUGUGCACCGUCAGUGUCCUGGUCUACGGAAUCAUCUGCUUCAAGAAAGGCAACACUCGGCGCUCCCAGCUGAUGAUGCGGGCGCGUGUCAUAGCCCAGGGCUGCACCUUCGCCGCGCUGCUGGGGGGCAUGGCGGCCACGGCCUUCAAAUCCCGACAGUGACAUCGACAAGAGCGAAGCGGCGGCCACGGGCAAGUGUCUACCAGCAGCCCUGGCUGGGGAUGGAGUUUUCUGAGGCUGUUGUGAUGUCUCGGUACAGCCAGUUCUGGAGCACUGGAAAUGGGGUGAAUACACUCUGUGAUUAACAUGUAA